AUGAGUGGUUACACAGUUAUUGCUGUUUUGGUGGUUGUAAUUGCUGUAUCAUGUUUAGCAUGGGUCUUUGCACCAAAGGAAAAUACAACAGUUUUUAGAUCAUCUGUGAUAUUGGGUUUAGCUAUGUGUUAUCUAAUGUGGGCCAUAACAUAUCUAGCUCAAUUACAUCCAUUGGAGGCACCUAGAAGGUCAGACUUAAGACCAGAAUUUGCUGAAUAA